AACAAUUGUGAAAAAGAAAUCUGUCGGCGGAAGUGAUAUCCGUCGAGGCGGAGGCUUAAAAACAUUUCGGGUGAUGCACUUACUUCCUUUUUACUGUGGCCGCCAUACAGCGAGGAGCGUGAAUCCCGGCGAGCCGUAAGAUAACUAACGAAAAUGGCCUGUGCCCGACCCCUGAUCUCGGUUUACUCCGAGAAAGGAGAAUCCUCAGGCAAGAAUGUCGUCAUGCCUGCUGUGUUCAAGGCUCCAAUUCGCCCUGAUGUUGUGAAUUUCGUUCACACCAACAUGCGCAAGAACAGCCGCCAGCCUUAUGCAGUCAGUGAACUGGCAGGUCACCAGACCAGUGCCGAGUCCUGGGGUACAGGAAGAGCUGUAGCCCGUAUCCCUCGUGUGAGAGGUGGUGGUACACACCGCUCUGGCCAGGGUGCUUUUGGAAAUAUGUGUCGUGGAGGUCGCAUGUUUGCCCCCACCAAAACCUGGCGCCGCUGGCACCGCAGAAUCAACACGACCCAGAAGCGCUAUGCCAUCUGCUCUGCCGUGGCUGCCUCUGCCAUUCCUGCACUGGUGAUGUCCAAAGGACACCGCAUUGAGGAAAUCCCUGAGGUCCCACUGGUGGUUGACGACAAAGUUGAGGGCUACAAGAAGACCAAGGAGGCGGUGCUGCUGCUUAAGAAGCUUAAAGCCUGGAAUGAUAUCAAGAAGGUCUACGCCUCUCAGCGCAUGCGUGCUGGUAAGGGUAAGAUGAGGAAUCGCAGACGGAUCCAACGCAGAGGACCGUGCAUCAUCUACAACCAGGACGCCGGUGUCACCAAAGCCUUCAGAAAUAUCCCAGGCAUCACUCUGCAGAACGUGAACAAACUCAACCUCCUGAGACUCGCCCCUGGUGGUCACGUUGGCCGCUUCUGCAUCUGGACUGAGAGUGCUUUCCGCAAACUGGACGAGCUGUACGGCACCUGGCGUAAACCUUCUUCCCUGAAGGCCGGAUACAACCUGCCCAUGCACAAGAUGACCAACACAGAUCUGAGCAGGAUCCUGAAGAGUGAGGAGAUCCAGAAAGCACUUCAUACACCUAACAAGAAGAUCAACCGCAGAGUGCUGAAGAAGAAUCCUCUGAAGAACUUGAGGAUAAUGCUCAAACUGAACCCUUACGCCAAGACAGCAAGACGUCAUGCCAUUCUCAAGCAUGAUCCUGCGAUCAAGGCCAAGAUGCUGAAACCCAAGAAGAAGCCUGGAAAGAAGGGAGCACCUGCCAAACCCAAGGCGUAAAUCUCUAUACAAGCAAACGAGUUCAGUGAUUAAUAAAUCAUUUGUUUAAAAUUUUA